AUGAAGAAAAUGCGAAGAUAUUUCCUCCUUACGCUCUUACUCCUAUACCUAACUGUGGGAGCCACAUGUUCUACCUCGUCGGACCGCAGCGAUUUUCCCCAAAGAGUAGCGGAUGUGGAUUUUGCUGAUUCUGUGGCCGCCUACUUACGACGCAAUCUUGAUGGUAACCCGCUUCAAAAUCUAAUCCCGAAGAACUUCCUCUACUCCAUAUCUAUGGAUGGCCAGCCGGUCUUUGGACCGCAAGGCCAAAGACGUCGAGCUAAGAGAUUUUCGCCGAGUAUUAAGCAAAGCCCUAUUAAAAAUAUCAUCAGCAUGGAGAGCAUUAUCCUGCUACUACAUGUUAUUGGGGCAGCAGAAAGCGCAGAGCAGGUCACCAAGCUAUGCGAGACGGUGAAUUUCAAACGGAUUACAGACAACGGGCUAGAUGGUGCGAUGCUUGAAUCGAUGAUAUGCAAACGAAACGACCUUGAAUUUUACAUUCCGGCAAACUCGGACGCAGUAAAAGAGCUGCUGUCAACGUGGUAUAUGGGGUUAUGGAUGCAAAUACUUUAUGUUGCAUUUGCAGGGCAUUACCCAGACCUGUGCAAGAUAUUCGAAACGAAGAAGAUGUCUAUCAUAAAUAUGAACGGGACGUUUUUGGAACAAAUACUGUGCUCUUUGUAG